AUGCGUCUCACCCAAACCUCCACCCUCCUGUCGCUGCUCGCCCUCACCGGCGCAACCUCUCUUAAACAUCACUCCACCUCUCGUCUAUGGGCCACCCAUUACAAUGGCAACCUGUACUCCCUCGCCUUCGAUGGCAAGAGUCUCUCCUUGACCGACACCACCAAGACCUGCGGCACCAUGCCCAGCUGGUUAACCUUUGAUCCAGAGACCCAGACCGUCUAUUGCUCGGAUGAAGCGGGCACCACCGAUCCCAGUACGCAUGGUUCAUUGUGGGCGUAUCACGCCGGGCGAGAUGGCUCGUUGCAGCAGUUUGCCAAGACGGAUACCGUGGGCGGUGGUGUCAAUAGCGUCAUCUAUGAAGAUGAUCAAGGUGACAAGUACCUGGCCAUUGCACACUACGAAGGAGCUGCGGUCUCCACAUUCUCUCUCCCUCUCCAUGAUAACGAUCCAGCGCUUCAGGAAUUCCACUUCAAGUUGACUCGGCCUGGAGCCGUCGCGCAACAAGACACUCCUCACCCGCACGAGGUCUUCCUGGACCCGACCGGUUCGUUCGUCCUGAGUCCCGAUCUGGGUGCCGACCUCCUGCGCGUCUACUCCAUUAGUGGCGAAUCCGGAAAGCUACAGGAGUGUCCUCCUGUCAACAUCACCUACGGGAGUGGCCCGCGUCAUGGCGUCUUCUGGUCCGAUGGAACGGACGGCAAGGCAAGCCCCGUGCGGGCUCACGCUGGCCGUGGCUCUUCCUCCCGCCAGACUCAAUCUGUAGGCAAGACGAUGAUGUACUUGGCCAACGAGAUUGGCGGCACCGUGGAUGUGUUCAACGUCGCCUAUGCACGCUCCGGCUGCCUGUCCUUUGAGAAGAUUCAGACCAUGGUGCCCUACACAAACGGCGUGAUGCCCCAGGGUGCCACACCCGCGGAGAUCCGGUUGAUCGGUGAUGCCCUAUACGUGUCCAUUCGUUCUGACCAGGGGUUUGCCCCCAGUGACAGUAUGGUGACCCUGAACCGGUCGCCACGUACAGGAACUGUCGAGGUACGAGAAAAGACGUCCGCUUUUGGCAAGGUGCCCCGUACGUUUGUGAUCAACCGCGCAGGUGAUCUGGUGGCGAUCGGUAACCAGGCCUCGUCAACGGUGGGCAUUGUCCGAAGGGAUCCCAAGACCGGCAAUUUGGGCGAGAAGAUUGCUUCUUUGCAGGUGGGUGAGACUGCUCAGCCGGGUACUGCUGAAGGUCUUAGCAGCGUCAUCUGGGACGAGUAA